AUGGAAGCUGCAAGGUCUCCCAAGAGCGAGUUCAUGAGACUGCUGAUCAAUAACGGAGCAGAAGUCAACAUUAAAAACGUGGACCAAGGGACUCCACUUCUCCGCUGCUUUGACCUAUCCUACGCACAAGUCGAAACUCGUUGCAACAACGGGGAAACGGCCAAGAUGCUCGUCGAGGCUGGGGCAUAUGUCAAUGUCACCGAUGCACUCGGGCGAACACCUCUAGGCGAAGCUGCUCAAGUCGGUAAUUCGGAAGCAGUGGAGAUCUUGGUCAAUGCUGGAGCAUGUAUUGACCAGGCUUGCUCGAUCCUUUCGGAAGACCCCCCAAACCGGUAUGAGGUCGAUAGACUCAUGCUGACUCCCCUGUCAUGGGCUGCACGCAACGGCCAUGACGAGGUGGUGCAGCUCCUGCUCAAGAAUGGAGACGACUAG